UCCGCCUCAAUCUUCCAAAUCGGAGAUGCAAAUUUGAUAUUUUAGACCCAUUGCUGCCCUGCCACUUCCUAGUCUUGCCGUGAACAGUGACCGAAACACGACCGGACCGGUACGUUAGUCAGCAACAUCCUACUGGGCACAGUGACCGGACCUCGCCACGGCACCGUCAGUGACUGGAUUCCUAAGGACUCGGACACAGGAACUCGUUUGAGCCAUGCGGUCACUAUGAGAACGGCCGGAAAUUGCGUCCAUGCUGCGGAGCUGGCGGAAAUGACGAAGGGGUUGGAGCGGAGGUGGCUGAGCCCGGUCGGAGCCAUGUCAGCGGGGAGUACAGGGCAGCGAGAUUCUGGGGCCGCUGGCGGGCGCCGCAGUAAGUGGGACCAGCCCGGUCCCUCUCCUACGCUUUUCAUUCUCCCUGGUACGGCCCCCCUGCCUGGCCGCCCUUUCCAGAGCAGCGGAGAUGGCGUCUCCGGUGUGCCGGGUUCCGAGAGCUCUGCGGCCCCCUCAGGGGCUCUGGAUGCAGCUGCUGCUGUGGCAGCGAAAAUCAAUGCGAUGCUAAUGGCUAAAGGAAAACUGAAACCAACAGCGAACACUACAGACAAAGCCCCAGGGAAAGGUCCAGCUACAAGCAAAAGUAAAGAUGACCUUGUAGUAGCAGAAGUGGAAAUCAAUGAUGUGCCCCUCACAUGCAGAAACCUGUUGACAAGAGGACAAACUCAGGAUGAGAUAAGUCGCCUGAGUGGAGCAGCUGUCUCUACUCGAGGGAGGUUCAUGACUGUGGAGGAGAAAGCAAAAUUAGGACCUGGGGAUCGGCCUUUGUAUCUCCAUGUCCAGGGUCAGACACGGGAGCUAGUUGACAGAGCUGUAAACCGAAUUAAAGAAAUAAUUACUAAUGGAGUAGUGAAAGCUGCCACUGGUUCCAGUCCAACUUUCAAUGGAGCUACAGUUACCGUUUAUCACCAGCCUGCUCCCAUUGCCCAACUGUCUCCCACUGUUGGCCAGAAGCCUCCAUUCCAGUCAGGGAUGCAUUAUGUUCAAGACAAAUUAUUUGUUGGUCUGGAACAUGCUGUACCUACAUUUAAUGUGAAGGAAAAGGUGGAAGGGCCUGGCUGCUCCUACUUACAACACAUUCAAAUUGAGACUGGUGCCAAGGUUUUCCUACGUGGGAAAGGCUCAGGCUGCAUAGAGCCAGCUUCAGGCAGAGAAGCCUUUGAACCUAUGUACAUCUACAUAAGUCAUCCAAAACCAGAAGGUUUGGCAGCUGCCAAAAAGCUGUGUGAGAAUUUAUUACAAACUGUUCAUGCUGAAUACUCCCGAUUUGUGAAUCAAAUAACCACUGCAGUACCUUUAGCAGGUUUCACACAAACUGCUGCUAUAAAUAGCAUACCUCCUCAGCCAUCAUACUAUCCAUCCAAUGGCUACCAGUCCGGUUACCCUGUUGUUCCUCCUCCUCAGCAGCCAGUUCAACCACCUUAUGGAGUACCAGGCUUAGUACCACCUGCAGUGCCACUGGCGCCUGGAGUAUUAACAGCAUUACCCACAGGAGUACCACCUGUGCCCACACAGUAUCCAAUUUCACAAGUACAACCUCCAGCUAGCACUGGCCAGAGUCCGCUGAGUGGGCCUUUUCUUCCUGCUGCCCCAGUGAAAACAGCCUUGCCGACUGCUACACCGCCGCAAGUCCAACCACAGCCUCAGGGCCAAAAGAGGCGCUUCACUGAGGAGCUACCAGAUGAGAGAGAGUCAGGACUGCUGGGAUACCAGCAUGGACCCAUUCAUAUGACUAAUUUAGGUACAGGCUUCUCCAGUCAGAGUGAAAUCGAUGGGGCAGGAUCGAAGCCAGCAAGUUCCUCAGGAAAGGAGAGAGAGAGGGACAGGCAGUUGAUGCCUCCACCAGCUUUUCCAGUGACCGGAAUGAAAACAGAAUCGGAAGAAAGAAAUGGAUCGGGGUCCUUAUUGGGCAACCACGAUCAUCCAGCUAAGAAGAUGAAAACUGCUGAAAAGGGAUUUGGAUUGGUGUCUUAUACUGGAGAUUCAUCAGAUGAAGAAGAGGAACAUGGUGGCCAUAAAAAUGCAAGUACUUUUUCACAGGGAUGGAGUUUGGGAUACCAGUAUCCUUCCUCACAACAACGAGCUAAACAACAGAUGCCAUUUUGGAUGGCACCAUAGAAGCUACAGAACAGUUUUUGUACCCUCAGUUACUCCUUUUUUCUCUAGCAAUAAUGCAUGUAUAUUACAAAAUGAACUUUGCAAAUGUACAUUGUUCUUACCUUUGCAGAAGAUGCUAAGGGUGCACUAUUCCCUUUUGAAAGGGGUUCUAUAAUAUUUUUACAAUCCAUAUUUCUGCAGUGAAUUUGUCAUCUAUGAAAAGUUAUUUGAAAUCACAAACUCAGUGCAGCAUGGACUUUUUAUACAGUGAGGGAAUGUGCUCACAGAACAAGAACAGGGAGGUAUGUUGCUUCCCCUGCAUUUUCCAUGUGCCCUGGAUAGCUUCAGAAAUGGAGACAGCCAGCCAGGCUGACUUAAGUACAGAUUUUGUGUGUUUAUUUUAAGUAAUUUUUCUUUUGUCAACUUGUUUGAGUUAGUGGUGACAACAGAUGUCCUCAGUGUUUGGACUUUCACCAGAGAAAGGAAAAUCUAUGCAUUACACAAUUAAUUUUUAAGAUCAUGUUUCCUUAAAUUCCUAAUUUUAUUUACUUUAAGCAGCUCCCAUGUGUGUUUCUCCCCCCUCUCGCCACCCACCCCUUUAAUUCCAAAAUGCAAUUUCAGUAACUCAAAAUAACUUUUGGUUCUAGGCAAAUUUCUUGCAGUGUGUGUGGGGGAAAUGUAGGUUUCCCCCAUAAUUCUGUUUUGGAUGGAUUUGGCUUGCUACUAAUACUUGGACAUACUUGGUAUAUCAGUGGUAUGUACACUCUAACCACCUUCAGCUGGUCCAUGUGAUACUACUUGUCAUAUUGGUGUCAGUCUGUCAUUAAUUUCCGAGUCUGAUUCCACCAGUUUUGUUUUAUGACUGUUUAACAAAGAAAUAUAGCAUCCUGGUUUGUGUAUCUCCAAAGACCUGAUUGCAAGCACUGCUAUUACACUGAAGCACAGAAGCGGAACCUCUGAAUAAAUUGUGGAUUGUUUACAGUGACUGGAACUGCAAAGGGGCCUUUCUUAUCAUGGCAAGCUGUUGCCAAAAGAUUACUCUUUUGUAUUGAUAACAUUGGAUGUGUGAAUCCACUAAUGUUUGGUGGGACACAGUGUAAAUGGAGGUGCGGAUCUGCAUUUGAAACAUGAGUAAUAGUUUGAAGUAUUGUAAUAAGUGUAACUUUUACACAUUUUGACUACCUUGCAGGCUGGCUGGCUUUGUAUAAACUUAUUCUCUGGUUUCCUACAUGUUGUAAAUAAUUAUAGAAACAUAAUUUCCUUAUAAAUAAAUAUACAAAUAUUC